AUGGCAAUGUGUUGGACUCCUUUGAGCAAGAUUUCAACGGAUAGAGACAAUUGGACAAUCAAGGUCAGAGUACUUCGUAUGUGGGAUGCAAUCAACACAAAGAACAAUGAGUUCAUAAGCCUUGAUAUGAUAUUUAUUGAUGAAGAGGGCUCAACAAUACAUGCAAUUGUUCGGAAAAAUCAAGCACGAACUUUUAGACCACAAUUGCUUGAAGGCCGUGUUUAUACCGUCAAGAAUUUCAGGGUGGAGAGUACUAAAGGCGAGUUUCGACCCAUGCACAAUGAUAUCAGAAUUUGGUUCAUGACCAUUACUACAAACAUGGAGUCCAAUGAAGAUAUGAACUCAAUCCAAAAAUACUGCUUUGAGUUUGCUGACUAUGACCAAAUACAGAACCAAUGUUACAACUACACAUAUUUAAUAGAUGUUGUUGGAAAGUUGGUAGCAGUUGGAAAUGUUGAAGAGCCUCAAGUUAAUGGCGCACCAAGAAAAUUGCGCAACCUACAAUUGCUUUUGAAAGAGGGAAAAGAAAUUAGGCUUUCACUAUGGGGAACAAGUGUUUGGCAAAUCGAUGAAGACGUAUAUAAGAACAAUCCAGGACCUUUUGUCUUAAUUGCAACUUCGACUAUUGUCAAAUCAUUUGGAGGCAAAUUCUCUUUGUCAUCAACCAGUGCAACAAAAGUACAUCUAAAUCUUGAGAUUCCCGAGGAUGGUUUUGAAAAUUACACAGUUGCUAAGAUUUUUGAUGCACCUUCAAAUGAGAAAAAGAUACCUAUGCAAAGUCUUAGCGAUAACAAAUCUGCCACCGUAAACUUUGUAAGAUCCAGCCAAGAAUCUUCCAGUGCCAUUUCAUCAAUGAUCAACACAAAUGAUGCAACAAAAGGAGAAAAUGAUAAAAGCUCACAAAUUGAACAAAUAAGGAUAGACCAAACUUCAAACGUUGAAGAUGAAGAAACAGAUGAUGAUAACAUACCCAUCAACAUGCUUUACAAGCGUUGA